CUUUCUUAUUUAAUACUAAUAAAUAAAUAAAAAAAAGGAAUCGUCGUCUCUCCCUUUUUUGCCUUCCACAACCUUCCUGACACCUCAUCGUCUCUCUCUCUCUUCUCCGUCCCGUUCCGUUCUCUCCUCCCAAAACAGAUCCUCUGAUUCUGAUCCAACAGUUUCGGAAUUCUUGAUUCUGAUCUGAUCAGGCGAUUUAUGGAGUCUAUAUCUCCCGUAUCGAAUCAGAUUACUCAACCAACAACAACAACGACGACGACGACGACGACCUCUAGUUCCGAUCGCUCCCGUCGUAAGCGGAGGAAGAAAUCUCAACCAUCAUCGGUUGAUUCAUCUCAAUCAACAUCGUUGGAGAAAUGGAGAUCGGAGAAACAGCAACAGAUCUACUCGACGAAGCUAGUCCGUGCUCUAAGAGAGCUACGAAUCAGUCAACAACCGACGUCGUCAUCGUCGUCUUCGAAUCCACGAGGUGGUAGAGCCGUACGCGAAGUCGCGGACAGAGCUUUAGCAGUUGCGGCGAGAGGUAAAACACUCUGGAGUCGAGCGAUACUAUCGAAAGCCGUUAAACUCAAAUUCAGGAAACAGAAACGGCAGAGAAUCCCGAACCCGUCUCCGACGAAAACGACGACGUUGACGACCGGGAGUAUCAGUAUUAGGUCGAAGAAACAGAGAGCGACGGUUUUGAGGCUAAAGGCAAAAGGAUUGCCAGCUGUACAGAGGAAAGUGAAAGUUCUGAGCCGGUUAGUUCCCGGUUGCCGUAAACAGACCUUACCGGUGGUUUUAGAAGAAACCACUGAUUAUAUUGCUGCCAUGGAGAUGCAGAUUCGUGCUAUGACUGCUAUUCUCUCCGCCGUCACCUCUCCUCCGCCGCCGCCGCCAGGUCAUGAUGGGGGACAUACACAUAUGCUUGGUUAGUUGGGCCAAACUGUCUUCUUCCUUUUUUUUCUUUUUUAAAUGUUUUUGUUUUCUUCAUAUUAUUAUUCUUCUCAUCUCACUGUAUUGUUUGGUCGUGUUUGAAUAUUUUUACUUUUAUUCAACUUUUUUAUUUACCAUUUUCAUCAUUUAUGUAUAUCCUUUUUUUUUUUGUUCCUUCUUGAAUCUCUAUGUUUACCAAAAAUAGUGCCGGAAAAAGGAAAAAGAACAGGACAGUGAUUGGUUUCUGUAAUGAUAAUCGUAAUAAAUUUUUCAGUUUCUUGAUAA